CACCACGCCGUGCCGGCUCUCAGGCGCCGGAAGUGAGCUGUGCAGCGCCGGAAGAGGCAGACGCGGGAGGCCUCGUGGAGGACACAGCAGCAUGGGACAGUCAGGGAGGUCCCGGCACCAGAAGCGCGCCCGCGCCCAGGCGCAGCUCCGCAACCUCGAGGCCUAUGCCGCGAACCCGCACUCGUUCGUGUUCACGCGGGGCUGCACGGGUCGCAACAUACGGCAGCUCAGCCUGGACGUGCGACGGGUCAUGGAGCCGCUCACUGCCAGCCGUCUGCAGGUUCGUAAGAAGAACUCGCUGAAGGACUGCGUGGCAGUGGCUGGGCCCCUCGGGGUCACACACUUUCUGAUCCUGAGCAAAACAGAGACCAAUAUCUACUUUAAGCUGAUGCGCCUCCCAGGAGGCCCCACCUUGACCUUCCAGGUCAAGAAGUACUCGCUGGUGCGAGAUGUGGUCUCCUCACUGCGCCGGCACCGCAUGCAUGAGCAGCAGUUUGCCUACCCACCCCUCCUGGUACUCAACAGCUUCGGCCCCCAUGGCAUGCAUGUGAAGCUCAUGGCCACCAUGUUCCAGAACCUGUUCCCCUCCAUCAACGUGCACAAGGUGAACCUGAACACCAUCAAGCGCUGCCUCCUCAUCGACUACAACCCCGACUCCCAGGAGCUGGACUUCCGCCACUAUAGCAUCAAAGUCGUUCCUGUGGGCGCGAGUCGCGGGAUGAAGAAGCUUCUCCAGGAGAAGUUCCCCAAUAUGAGCCGCCUGCAGGACAUCAGCGAGCUGCUGGCCACGGGCGCGGGGCUGUCGGAGAGCGAGGCAGAGCCUGACGGCGACCACAACAUCACAGAGCUGCCUCAGGCUGUCGCCGGCCGUGGCAACAUGCGGGCCCAGCAGAGUGCAGUGCGGCUCACCGAGAUCGGCCCGCGGAUGACACUGCAGCUCAUCAAGGUCCAGGAGGGCGUCGGGGAGGGCAAAGUGAUGUUCCACAGUUUUGUGCGCAAGACGGAGGAGGAGCUACAGGCCAUCCUGGAAGCCAAGGAGAAGAAGCUGCGGCUGAAGGCGCAGAGGCAGGCCCAGCAGGCCCAGAAUGUGCAGCGCAAGCAGGAGCAGCGGGAGGCCCACAGGAAGAAGAGCCUGGAGGGCAUGAAGAAGGCACGGGUCAGGGGUGGUGAUGAAGAGGCCUCUGGGAUCCCUUCAAGGACGGCGAGCCUGGGGUUGGGUGAGGACGACGAUGAACAGGAAGAUGAUGACAUCGAGUAUUUCUGCCAGGCGGUGGGCGAGGCGCCCAGUGAGGACCUGUUCCCCGAGGCCAAGCGGAAACGGCUCGCCAAGUCUCCAGGGCAGAAGCGGAAGCGGCGGGAAAUGGAUCGAGGUGCCAAGUCCUGCCCUGCCAACUUCUUGGCAGCUGCCGACAAAAUCCUCAGUGGGUUCCAGGGACACUUCCUGUGGCCCAUACUGGUGGUUGAGUUCCUGGUGGCUGUGGCCAGCAAUGGCCUGGCCCUGUACCGCUUCAGCACCCGGGAGCAGCGCCCGUGGCACCCUGCUGUGGUAUUCUCGGUCCAGCUGGCGGUCAGCGACCUGCUCUGCGCCCUGACGCUGCCCCCGCUGGCCGCCUACCUCUAUCCCCCCAAGCACUGGCGCUAUGGGGAGGCCGCGUGCCGCCUGGAGCACUUCCUCUUCACCUGCAAUCUGCUGGGCAGCGUCAUUUUCAUCACCUGCAUCAGCCUCAACCGCUACCUGGGCAUCGUGCACCCCUUCUUUGCCCGAAGCCACCUGCAACCCAAGCACGCCUGGGUGGUGAGCGCUGCCGGCUGGAUCCUGGCCGCCCUGCUGGCCAUGCCCACACUCAACUUCUCCCACCUUAAGAGGCCGCAGCAGGGGGCAGGCAACUGCAGCGUGGCCAGGCCCGAGGCCUGCAUCAAGUGUCUGAGGACAGCAGACCACAGGCUGGCGGUCUACAGAGUGUACAGCCUGGCGCUGGUGGGGCUGGGCUGCGGCCUGCCACUGCUGCUCACGCUGGCAGCCUACGGCGCCCUCGGGCGGGCCGUGCUACGUAGCCCAGGCAUGACUGUGGCCGAGAAGCUGCGUGUGGCAGCGUUGGUAGCCAGUGGUGUGGCCCUCUACGCCAGCUCCUAUGUGCCCUACCACAUCAUGUGGGUGCUCAACGUGGAUGCUCGGCGGCGCUGGAACACCCGCUGCCCGAGCUUUGCAGACAUGGCCCAGGCCACGGCAGCCCUGGAGCUGGGGCCCUACGUGGGCUACCAGGUGAUGCGGGGCCUCAUGCCCCUGGCCUUCUGUAUCCACCCGCUACUCUACAUGGCCGCAGUGCCCAGCCUGGGCUGCUGCCACCGACACUGCCCCGGCUACAGGGACAGCUGGAGCCCAGAUGACACCAAGAGCACCAGCCAAGCCCUGCCCCUCAAUGCCACAGCCACCCCUAAACCGUCAGAGCCCCAGUCCCACGAGCUAAACCAAUGACGUGGCCUAGCGGAAGCCACCUCCUCACCCCAGGUGUUGCUGGAGAACCUUGAGGGCAGGGCCGCAGCCCCGAUGUGCCCCUUCCCCCAAAAAGCAACACCUGUGGUUGCGGCCAGGUCGGGCCCAGCCGCAGCCCAGGCAGGAGCCGUCGCCUUUCCCACCCACAGCGCUGGCCACAGGGCUCCCCGCAGGGUCAGGGACCAAACCACACCCAGGGGAGGGGAGGCACUGGCCCCCAUCACAGGACUGGAAACGCAAGAACAAAAAGAA